CUUCUCCAAGGUAUAUGAUGUAGGGUAGACCACCGGUACAGAGAGAUCAACCCUUUUCUCCCGCUGUUCUUCUCCUCCUCCUCCUUCUCCGUACCCAUGUACGGCAACAAUCCCAAUUUCCGGCCGCCGUACGGCGGCGUUCCUGGUUUGCCACCGCAAUAUACAAGUAACCAUGAUUUCUUCAACCAAAACCCUCACCUCCUAACUCAUCCUUUUUCUUCUUCUUCUUCUUCUUCUUCUUCAUCAGUUCCUCUAAACCUCUAUAUUCACCGCCAAAAUCCUUACAUCCGAAACCCUAAUUUUCCAAUCCAACAACAUCCCAACACUAAUCCUACAUCUUCAAAUCCCGAUAAAACUCUGGAUAGAAUUGAAAGCGCUGUAAGGAAUUCUCAUGAGAAUCUUCUUGCAAUUGGUGAUACUAUUACGGCAUGGGGAGUCUCUCAAGCUGCACUUGUAUAUCUUCAAGUAGAUUCAUGGGCUUCACUAGGGUUUCAAAUACAUCAAAUUCCAUCGUUGAGCCUUCUUAUGAGCAAUGAAGCAAAGGUUAAUUCAUAUAUCGAUUGUUUCGUUCUGUCGCGGAGAUUUACAUCAGUGUAUGAUUUGGAGAUUGCAAUUUGUAAAAGUCAGGGUAUUGAAAAGUUUGAAGGACUGAAAUUGGGACCUAUAUUAAAGCAUCCGGUUGUUCUUCGAUAUUUUUCUGUUCCUCCGGAUAUCAAACAAGUUCAUAAGAUAACAAGUGAAACAAUUGUUACUAACUUUGUUGAGUUCGUACAUUCUUGUGAUGAUGGGGAAAGUGUCAAGAAAAAAAAGUUCUUGCACUUUCUAGCAAGUAAAGAAGCUGUUGCACGCACAGCAAUGCUUGGUGUUAGGAUUCCGCAGUACGUGAAACCUUAUGUAACAUGUAUACGAGAUGCAAGCAAAGCAGAAGGGGAGAUACUAAAGAGUUCUGCUCAAGCACUGAAACAGAAGUCCAUCGAUCAUAACAAAAAAGUGGAAGAUGAAGUUUCAAAUCAACCUGCUAUUACUUCAGAGAAAAAGUUGCUGGACAAAUUCAGCACUAUACCCCAACAUGUCAAGUCGUUCUCUCCGAUUCCUAUACAUUCUGAUUUAGCUAGCAAGUGUUUGGAGGAUUUAAGUGAUAAUAAUAGUAUUAAUAGCACGGAUAGUGAUCUUAUUUUAAGUAGUCAUGGUAAAAUGUCAUCAAAAGAUAGAAAAUAUUCAGAUCAACAUGUUGAUAGUUACCCUUUACCAUCUACAUCCAAAGAAGAAAAUGGAGGAUUUGGAGUUGAAGUGAAUGAGUGUUCUCCUUCUAUAGAUCCCUUAAGUUGUGACCCAAAUAAAAAGUCAUCUGAUAAGAAAGCGAGAUUCCGUUCUCCAUUUUUGGAUGACUCUUUGUCUAGGAGUUCUAAAAGGUAUAAGUCAGAUCCAAGGAUCAUUAAGAAUCCUGAUUUUCCUAUUGCAAUGCACAAUAGCCGAUCUUCUGCUGACCCUGGUGUUGGGGAUGACUUUGGGAAAUUUCUUGAAGAGAAUGCUGGUGAAAGAUCACCUGAUGCUCAGAUUGAAAUGACAGAUUUUAGUGCUGCGGAUAAUUGUAACCUUGUUCUCACUGAUGAUACUGUGAAUACGUUCAUAAGCACGUGGAAGGACGCAUGCCAGGUGCAUUCUGUUGACGAGGUUUUUGAAAGGAUGGUCAACUUUUAUAAUGCGCCAUCUCAAGGAAGAAAGAAAAUUUCAGUUUAUGCAUUACACUGUCUAAGAAGGCAAAUAAAAUCAUUAACUUCAACUUAUCCGUGUAUUGGAUUAUUGAAUGUCGCUAUUAGAUCUAUUAAAUGCGGGAUGUGGGAUAAUGUCUAUGAUACUUCACAAACUAUGGGACAACAUGAAUGUAGGACUCCAACUUUCUCUUCUUUCACUGACUGGAAAAGGCGGGAAGCUGAACUUUUGAGUAAGACAGACUCAUUAUCUGCAAAUGAGUGCUCUUCUCAACCUGAAUACAGUUUGACUGUUGAUGGGAUUUUGAAGAAAGUUGGGACAUAUUUUGAAAUGAAUCAUUGCACCAAGGAAGCAGAUUCCCCGCUGGACAAACUACUUGAUUGCUCAAGAAGGUUACGGGAUUGCGAGGUAUGGUUGACAAAGCAAUUUUCAGUCAAGGACUUUGACACUCUAGGUCAUGGUGAAUUCUUCAAAUUUUUGGAGGCAAACUCCUCUCAACUUCCUUAUGAACUAUACGGAAGCUUUACUGGAAAUUUAAGGAAGAAGUCUCUUCUGGAGGUAACCAUGCUUGGGCAACAGCUGAUACUGUUGCUAUCGCAAGCUGCUAGUAGCUUGUGGGUGAACGGUGUAAUAAGAAAGCACCACAUAUCUUUUCUACUAAGCAAACAAUUCCCUACAAUCAGCUUAGAGAUUGGUGGUGACGAUCUCUUGGAAGACCUGGCUGAAUAUUUGAAGAAGCAGGGUUCUGGUAACUUUUCCAGUUGUGUUUUAUUUUCUGCUACUUUGUUGCGCUCAUGUUAUUUGGACGCACCAUCUGCAUGCCAUUUGCUGGAGGGUACAACUGGUUUGAAGUCUGAUUUAGGGCUUAAGUGUGGGGUUCUUGGAUCUGUUUCGUCUAAGGAUGCACUCAAGUGCUUGCUCAGAGCACCAAUGUUAACCGAUCUUUUAUCAUGGUCUCAUUGGGACCUUAUAUUUGGUCCUUCACUUGGUCCUCUUGCAGAUUGGUUGUUAAAUGAAGUUCACGCUAAAGAGUUUACGUGCUUAGUGACAAAAGAUGGGAAAAUAAUUCGAGUCGAUCACUCUGUCACCAUAGACGACUUCUUGGCAGCUGCACUCCAAGGGUCUUCUUUUGAAACAGCUGUAAAAUUGCUGUCUUUGGUUUCUUUGUAUGGAGGGGACAAGCAAGUUCCGAUGUCCCUUCUUAGGUCCCAUGCGCGCCAAGCAAUUGAAGUCAUCCUAAAGAAUUCUUUAAACUCUGCUGAAGUUGCAAGUGAUCGGGAUCUUCAAAUUCAUGAAGAAGCCUUGAGAGCAAACCAAGUAUGUUGCGGACAAACAGAGCACAUCCCACUUCCUCUUAACCCUGUGGGUACUAUUUCACAAAUAAGGGAAAGCCAAGAUUUGAGCGAAGGAACAUUUAGAGUUAAUAAAGCAAUUUCUGUUGUGUCAAGGUUCAUUCUCGAUAUUCUUGGUUGCCUACCUUCUGAAUUUUGCAGUUUUGCAGCAGAUAUAUUUCUUUCAGGAUUCAAGUCUCUUACUGGAACUGGUCCUUCAGCUAUUUUACAUGAAUGCACCCAAAUUAAUCAACGUAUGAUGCUUCAUGACAUUGGAUUGACUCUUGGUAUAGUGGAAUGGAUUGGUGACUACCACACAUUUUGUUCUAGUGGCGCCAAUGAAUUGCUUGUAUCCCUCGAGAAGACAAACAAUUUAGUCUCAUUUCCUGGAUCUAGCACGGACGCAUUGGAUGAACUGAAAGCAUUGAAGAGUCAGGGUUUUUCUGAGGCAGACAUUCACCAUAGGGAUGUCUGUGUUCAGAGAGAUCUAAGCGAAGUGUCUAAUAAAGAUAUGUAUGACGGCUUUGUAAGAGCUUCAUCUAAAUAUGAUGAGAAUGAGGAUGCGACCAGUGUUAUUGAAUCUAUUAGGCGUGAGGAAUUUGGUCUAAUCCCAAGUCUUUCACAUGCUGAGAUGAACAUGUUAAAGAAGCAGCAUGCUCGUUUAGGGAGGGCUCUUCACUGUCUUUCACGAGAGUUAUAUUCACGGGAUUCUCAUUUUCUUCUCGAGCUGGUUCAAAAUGCAGACGAUAAUGUUUACUCUGAAAGCGUGGAACCUACUCUUGUUUUCAUUCUUCAAGCUAGUGGCACUGCUGUGCUAAAUAACGAACAAGGCUUUUCUGCUCAAAACGUUAGAGCUCUUUGUGAUGUCGGCAAUUCAACAAAAGGAGGGUCCAUUGCUGGAUAUAUAGGGCAGAAGGGCAUAGGCUUCAAAUCAGUUUUCAGGGUUACCGAUGCUCCAGAGAUUCAUUCCAAUGGGUUUCAUGUCAAGUUUGACACAAGUGAAGGUCAUAUUGGUUUUGUUUUGCCCACAGUUGUCUCUCCUUGCGACAUUGACUUUUAUGAGAAACUUAUCCCUAGCGAAGUUGUUGAUGGGACCGAUGAUAAUAACAUUAGGCGGUCUAGUGGCAGCAGCCAGUGGAAGACUUGCAUCAUUCUUCCUUUCAAACGAAAACUAAAAGAAGGAACAGACAUAAGCUCUAUCUUAUCCGUGUUUUCAGAUCUUCACCCCUCCUUGCUACUAUUUCUUCAUCGCCUUCGAUGUAUAAAGCUUGUGAAUUUGUUCAGGAACGAAUCCAUUGUCUUGAGAAGAGAAAGUUUAGGAGGCGGCAUCAUAAGAGUUUCUCAGGGAAAAGAAAAAACAAGUUGGUUUGUAGCAUCUCAGAAGUUGGAUGCUAGUGUCAUUCGGCCUGAUGUUCAAACUACAGAGAUUGCUAUAGCCUUCACCCUAGAUGAGUCGGCCAAUGGACAAUACAAACCACACUUAGAGCAACAACCUGUCUUCGCUUUUCUUCCUCUAAGAACAUACGGUCUGAAGUUUAUUCUUCAAGGAGAUUUUGUUCUUCCUUCAUCUAGGGAAGAGAUUGACGGAGAUAGUGCUUGGAACCAGUGGUUGUUGUCGGAGGUUCCAAAUUUGUUUGUCACUGCACAGAGAUCCUUCUGUGCCAUCCCUUGCUUUAGAGAGAGUCCAGGGAUAGCUUUGAUGAGCUAUUUGAGUUAUGUUCCACUUGUGGGGGAAGUUCAUGGAUCUUUGUCGCAUCUUCCUCUCAUUAUCAUGUCUAAACUACGUUCUUCAAACUGUAUGCUCUUGGAAGGACAUAACGAGAAGGAAUGGGUUCCACCAUGCAAGGCCCUCAGAGGUUGGGAUGAACAAGCUCGCAAUCUUUUACCUGAUAGACUUCUAACACAGCAUCUCGGGCUCGGUUACUUGGAUAAGGAUGUAGUUUUGUCCGAUUCUUUAGCAAAUGCUUUAGGCAUCCAAGAAUAUGGACCCAAAGUCCUGGUUGAUGUUAUGUCAUCAGUAUGUCAACAAGCUGAUUAUGGUGGUGUAAAAUCAAUGGGGUUGGAGUGGUUUUCGUCGUGUCUCAGUUCACUUUACUCUAUGCUGGUGAUUAGUUCAACUGCUAGAGUAGAAGUUUCAGAUAUUUUUAAGAGACUUGCGAGAAUACCGUUCAUUCCACUUUCAGACGGAACAUAUAGCUCUGUGGCUGAAGGUUCGAUAUGGUUACCUUCUGAUGACAUUGGAUUUGAAGGUUUGCAUGGUCCUGAUUUUUUCCCUAGUUUAUAUGCAAGACUUCGUACCGUAAAUCCUGCUUUCCUCUCUUCACCAUCCGAGGAUAAGAGCAGUGACACACAGGUGCAGGUGGAGAAUUGCAUAAGAAUGUUAAACAGAAUAGGUGUUCGACGGCUCUCUGCACAUGAUAUUAUAGUGGUGCACAUUUUACCAGCAAUUACGGAUGAUAUACCCACAAAGAGAGAUGAUAUUUUGAUGACAGAAUAUGUAUCCUUUUUAAUGCUCCACCUUCAGUCUAGUUGCCCUAGAUGCUGUGCUGAACGGGAAUACAUUAUCUCUGAAUUAAGAACCAAAGCUUUUAUCUUGACAAAUCAUGGCUAUAAAAGACCCCAUGAAAUAUAUGUACAUUUCAGCAAGGAGUAUGGGAAUCCGGUAGAUGUGAGCAAGUUACUUGAUGCCGUGGAUGUGGAAUCUAAUUGGCAUGAAGUUGACAUUAGAUACUUGAAACAUGCAAACAUCAGCACGUCACCAUUGUUUGGUUUAAUGAAGUGGAGAGAAUUUUUCCAGGAACUUGGCAUUACUGAUUUUGUUAAAAUAAUUCAAGUUGAGAAGAAUGAAGCUGGUCUUCCUCUGAACUUGGUUCACAAUGAAAUUCAUAUUUCUCCUGGUUUAGUACUUAAAGAUUGGGAGUCAGCCGAGUUGGUUUGUUUACUAUUUACUUUAUCCUCACAGAAGAAUCAUGGAAAAUGUAAGUAUUUGCUGGAAGUUCUUGAUGAUAUGUGGGAUGAUUGUUUUGCUUCAAAAGUAACAGGUUGCUGCAUUUCAAAACCAAACAAGGAUGGGAUACCAUUUGAGUCGUCGUUCAUUAAGAGCAUUCACGGUGUUCAAUGGGUAGUAUCGAGUACAGAUCAAGAGCUUCACUAUCCUAAAGACUUAUUCAUCGAUUGUGAGGCUGUCCGGUCUAUCCUUGGAGAUGGUGCACCAUAUGCUGUGCCACAGGUGAAGAGCAAAAAAUUGAUACAUGACGUUGGUUUUAAGACCCAAGUUGCCCUUGACGAUGCAUUGCGAAUUCUCCAUACAUGGAGAAGAUGCAAGACUCCCUUCAAAGCGAGCAUUACACAAAUGUCGAAGUUUUAUUCGUUCCUAUGGGAUGCGAUGAUAGAGAGUUCCAAGGGUAAAAUUUUAGAGGAGUUCAGUUCAAGGCCUUCAAUAUUUGUUCCAUAUGAAGCUGUGUCGGGACGCGAGAGUAUGGUGAAGGGCAUGUUUUUGUCUCGAGAUGAUGUGUAUUGGCACGACCCAACUGGAUCUGUGGACUUAGCAAAAGCGCUGCUUCUUCAGCAUGGCUUAAUUAACGGGUCUAACUGCCAUCUAAUCAACACACUGGCACAGGUUUAUCAUGGUUUUCAUGAUUUUUUUGUGGAUGAGUGUAGGGUACGCGAGAUCCCUCCUUUUAAGAACUAUAUCCAGAUCUUGCUACAGUUAUCAAACGUUGCUCUGCCUUCACAGGCUGCUACUGCAGUUUUUAGAGUUUUUUUGAAGUGGGCAAAUGAUUUAAAAUCUGGCUUGCUGGGGCCCAUGGAUGUUCUUUACUUGAAGGAAUUUCUUCAGAAAAAGAAAAAUACAGUUCUUCCGACUGUACAGGAUAAAUGGGUUUCACUUCACCGGAAAUUUGGCCUGGUCUGUUGGUGUGAUGAUGAGCAACUAAAACAGCAAUUUACAAAUUCUGACAAAAUUUGUUUCUUAUACUUUGGAGAACUUAGCAAUGAUGAGAAAAAAAUGCUCCCAGAAAAAUUCUCUAUGUUCAUGCAGGCUAUUGGAGUUCCAUCUCUUUCUGAGGUCGUAACUCGUGUAGCAGUAUAUGAAGGUGUGGAAGAUUUUACAAGUAAAGCUUUAUUGGUGGACCGUGUUCUUCCUUUUGCUCAGCGCUAUAUCUACAAAUCACACCCUGAUCAGUACCUUCAACUCAAGCAGUCUGGAGGGGAAAGCUUGAGUCAACUACAAAUUGUUGUGGUUAAAAAGCUAUCUUACAGGUAUAACUUGGAAGGUUGCAAGACUGUAUCUAAUAAAUGCUCGAAGUGCAGAUGUCUUCUCCAGGAGAAUGUCCUAUACAUAAAGCAGAAGAAGGCUGACUCCCACUCGAUAUUCCUAGAACUUUCUCGCUUAUUCUACCAUGGAAUCCCUGAAUUACACCUUGCUAAUUUCCUUCACAUGAUAGCAUCUAUGGCUAAAUCAGGCUGCACCGAAGAGCAAAUAGAGUUCUUUGUUGUAGAUAGUCAGAAUAUCCCUAAACUUGCUGAUAAUGAACCUAUUUGGUCUCUUUCAUCAUUAUCCCCCCCACCCAAGGAAGAUCUUGAGAUUUCACAAACAGCUUGUUCCUCAGGUAUGGUAAAUGGAAAGAAACAGUCGAAGUCCAAAAGAAAGCGAGUUGAUUCAACUAGUUCUCCUGCUCCAGCAAAUAAGCCAAUUACAAGUCCAUCGUCAAUCGUACCACCAAAUGAAAGUUAUUGUCAGAAAGAAGGAAAACCUGAAGUUAUGACAUCAUACACUGAUAAGCAUGGAAUUCCUAUUGGAGUUGGUUUUGAUUGGAUUAUCCUAGAUGAUACAGUAGCAGACAUGGAGGCAAGUCUACAAGAACCUAAGGCUAUGGAGGGUUUACAACUUGGUAGUAUUAAGACGGAAAGCGCAGGCUGUAGUUCUUCAGAAGUAGCAUUAAAUGAGAAAGAUCGGCUUCCUUUUAGAACACCCAAUGAGCACCAAGCAGCUGUAACUGGGAGGUUAGGAGAGUUUGUAGCUUUCAAGUACUUGGUAGAAAAGCUUGGGGAGGAAGUAGUUAAUUGGGUGAAUAGAGAAACAGAGACGGGUUCACCGUACGAUAUUGUUCUGGGGAAGGAUGGGAACAACAUAGAAUAUAUCGAGGUUAAAGCAACCAGGUCUCCAACGAAAGACUGGUUUAAUAUAUCACCGAGGGAAUGGCAAUUUGCAACUGAGAAGGGGGAACGUUUCAGCAUCUUGCAUGUUGCUUUGUUAGAUUUGAAUAAUACAAAAGUAACAGUGUUCAAGAAUCCAGCGAGGCUAUGCCAGCAAGGCAUGUUGAAAUUGACGGUUUCGAUGUCAACAGGUUAUAGAAAGCCUAACCUUGCUUCUUAGUGGUCAUGUUAAAAUUGUGUGGUCAAGAUUUAACCAGUGGCCAUGACAGGGGUGUCAAUAUUGUACAUUAUAAUGUGUAACAGUAGAAGAAAAGGUUUUAGUUUUCACCUAUUAAAUCAUUUAUACUGUUUUACAGUUCAG